GAGCAGCCGUGGCUACAGUCUCGGGGUUAAAGGCUUAGCAGUUGCGCAACCAGACCAUGUUAUCCUCGGCCCUCCUGGCUGUCGCCUUUGGCACGCUCUCCGCCUCCGCCUUGCGCGACAUCUCGGUCAAGGUUUCUGGUCCCGACACCGUCGAUGGCGUGGACAAUUUGAAAGUCACCGCGACCAUCACCAACACCGGUGACGAGACGCUCAAGCUCCUUAACGACCCCUACAGCCCGCUGUCCAGGAUCCCGACGGACACGUUCAGGAUCACCACCGAAGCAGGGGAGACCCCUCAGUUCAUCGGAGUUAAAGCCAAAUAUGUUCCUGCGAAGGCCGCCGAGCUCGGCGCAUACACCGUACUUGAAGCCGGGAAGUCUAUCGAAGUCGAGCACGAUAUCUCGUCUGCGUACAACUUUACGACCCCGGGUGAAGGUCGUUACUCAUUCGAAGCUCGCAACGUGUUCUACCAUGUCGAUGACGACGGUGUCGUCGGCGACGUUCUGUACGCCAACCAUGAGGAUGUGCACACGCUGUCUUUGUCUGGCAAGCUCGUCAAGGCUCGCGUCAGCCCUACGCCGGCCUCGAGGUUCGGCAAGAGGGAAAGCUACAACGGUUGCUCAUCUUCUCAGAAGAGCGCUCUCGUCUCCGCUGCCCCUGCCGCUCAGACAUACGUUGCCAAUGCACUCUCCUACCUGAAGUCCCACACCUCGUCUACCACCCGGUACACCACCUGGUUCGGCACCUACACUUCCUCUCGUCACUCCACGGUCCAGACCCACUUCAACAACUUGAACGGCAAUGACUACUCUUCCUUCACUUACGACUGCACCUGCACUGACUCAGGCACCUACGCGUACGUCUAUCCCGACGACUUCGGCUACAUAACUCUUUGCGGCGCUUUCUGGGAUGCCCCUGUUACGGGUACAGAUUCGAAGGGCGGAACCCUCGUUCACGAGUCAUCCCACUUCACCCAAAACGGCGGCACCCAGGAUUAUGUUUAUGGCCAGUCUUCGGCCAAGUCGCUGGCGAAGAGCGACCCCAGCGAGGCAAUCAUGAACGCUGAUUCUCACGAAUACUUCGCAGAGAACAACCCCUCUCUGUCUUAACUGUACAUUGCAUUGUUAUAGAAAGUAAGAUCAAAUGGAACAAGGGUCCGCCUCUGCAUGCACAUUAACCAGACAACACACCCGAGACAUCCUUCAACUUCCAUAUGAUGAGACGCAGCAAUCCACUACUGCACAGACCCGUAUCCAGAUGGACAGUUCUGAGCAGCCAAACUAGCAGAACCGCUUCGCAUGUAGCAAAUCUUGGCGGUCGCACAUUCACCGGUGCAGGGUUGAGUGCGAACGGAGCUCUUUCCCUCGUAGGUGUUGAAGGUCUGCACAGGGAAAUAAGAGCGAGAAUCUGCAGGUGGAGCGAAAUAUGUUACUUACCGAUACCAGAGACGGCUCAGCCUCCAUUGCUUCUGUAACGAGGUGCCACCAAGUUGCGUUGAGCGGAUCAUUGAGACCCCAUGUUAUGUUGGCGCCAUAAGUUUCACGGGUGUUGUAUUCAUAACGAUAAGCCGGACCAUAUUCCGUCUGGUUAUCGAGCUCGGCGAAUGUAUUGACGUCCGCCCAAUAAGUAUGAGCAUCCAGGAUGUCGAAAGUUCCAGAAUCCACUUCGUAGAUACGGAACCCGGAGUUGAGGUUGGUGAGUGGUGUGAUUGACGGGCAUACCCAUGUGGGGGUGAGAGCUGUUGCUGCACUCAUAU